AUGUGGAAGAUCCGUUUCCAGUACCCACCCUCAACCCAUGAGCUCCUCCAGUUCCUGUGCUCUGCCCAUGAGACCCCGGGGCCUGUCCCCUCCCUUCUGCUGCUUGACGGCCUGGAAGAAUACCUAGCUGAGGACCUGGGGCCCCAGGAAGCCGCCUACCUUGCUGCCCUUCUUCUGGACACAGCUGCCCACUUCGGCCACCGGGUUGGGCCUGGCCAAGGCUGUGGCCUCAUUGUGGCCCUCCAGACCCAGGAGGAGGGAGAUAGUGGGGAUGCCCUGCACCUGUCACUGCUCCAGAGAUAUUUCCCUGCCCAGUGCUGGCUGCAGUUUGAUACACCAGGCGCAGGACAGUGCUGCCGCAGAGCCUGCCUGGAGCCAGGUGGGCAGGGCCCCAGGGCAGAGUGGUUGAUGGCUUUCCAACCAGAUGGACAGAUGACAGUCACCCCAUGGCCUACCCAGGCUGAUGAUCCCAAUUCAAACAAGUGUUCAAGCUCUGGAGGCCAGCCUUGAGAUUUGGUGUGUGACCGCCUAUCUAUGCCUCAGUUUCCCAUGCCAGGAAUACUUACCACAGGGACACAUGCAGAUUCAAAGACCUAAAGAAUGUAAAGUGCAUUUUUUCUUUUAAAAAUAGCAUUAUCUUGUACAUAUUGUAUCCUAACAUAUUGUUUUAGUUUUGCUGUUUUAAACUUUAUGAAGAGUUUCAUGAGAAAUGUCAUCUUCUGAGAAUUCUUUCUUCUCCCCCUCAACAUUAUUACUAAGAUUCAGCCACAUUUUUUAGUCUACUUUCUCUACUGCAUAUAAUUCCAUGGGUAACUAUACCCCAAUUUAUUCAUCAAAUUGACUUAUUUAGUGCUAUGAACAUUCUUGCACACAUGUCCUGGCGUAUGUGUGUGAGGGUUUUUAGGAUUUAAACCUAGAAUUGGAAUUGCUGGAGCAGAAGGUAUGCAUAUGUUCAACUUUCCUAGGUUAUGUCAAACUUUUAAAAAAUGGUUAAACCUGCACUCCCAUUGAACCGCUUGAUCACAUUUGGUGUCAUCAGUGUACUUUCUUAGAAUGGGGCCUGAUAUAAAAUAAAGCCCUAUGAAUUAUUGUUA